GAGCUAGAGACGCCCAUCUGCAGUCCGCACCCGCCCCGGCUGCUGGAACUGAUCCUCCCUCUCUAGGAGCUUUGGUUGUCAGCCUGGAUGUCGAUCCUCGCCGCUAUUCCACCGCAACAGAUGUCUGAUAGCUAGCCAGCUGAGUAGAGGACCUCCCUCUUGCCGGGAGCCUUUCAGCCUGCAGCCAUGAGUGUAGACGGGUGCAGGCACUCGAGGGACGGACUUGAGCUUCUCCUAAGUGAGAACUUUGCGGUGCCUAGACGACAGCACACAGGCCAACAAAGGGAAGAGAAAAGACAGAAGGCAGAGGCUCUCUGCAGCAGCUGCUGAGGAGGCGAGAUGCGGUGCCGGUGUUUUAAAUUCAGCUCAGGUGCUUCCAGUGUUUGGGCCAUCACUCCAGAGGAGAGAGGGAAACAUGAUAAACAGUUUGACGCCCUCGCCCCAGUCCUUGGCUACAUCUCAGGGGAACAAGCGAGGAAUUUCUUUCUUCAGUCCGGCCUGCCGGCUUCUGUCUUGGCAGAGAUCUGGCACCUAGCUGACAUGGACAGUGAUGGGAAGAUGGACAGAUUGGAGUUUUCCAUCGCUAUGAAGCUCAUUAAACUUACGCUUCAGGGCAGGAACUUGCCCUCAUCUUUGCCAAUUACCAUGAAGCAACCUCUGACUUCAAACAGUAGCUCAAACAUGUCUUCAUCGGCACGGUUUGGAAUGGGAUCCAUGCCAAACUUGUCAAUUGGUCUGUCAUCCAUGCCUGCUAUUUCCACCAUGCCCAUUCUAACACCUGUCCCAGCUAAUCCUCCUUUACCCUCUGUGCAACCCCUGGUGCCAGUGCCAAUGACCCUGCCCUUGAUCACCUCACUUGGGAAUUUGGGGUUCCCCAACGGCACUGUCAGCCUCCUCACCCCGCCACUUGUUCCCAGCAAUGCAGGGACCCCAAUGUCAGGCUUUUCAUCCCCCAUGGCUUUCUCCCCAUCCCCGGUUGUGUCAAAAGCCAACUCUCUUUUGGACCUUGGAUCAAGCAGUUCAAAUUCUUCCUCCACCGCAUCACUGGCCAGCAACUCUCCAAAAAUGGGCUCAGGGGACUGGGCCGUUCCACAGGCCUCAAGGCUCAAGUACCGUCAGCAGUUCAACACACUCGACAAACUCAUGAGCGGCUACUUGUCAGGACCUCAGGUUAGAAAUGCACUGAUGGCAUCGAACUUGACCCAAACUCAACUAGCUACCAUCUGGAGCCUGGCAGAUGUUGAUAAGGAUGGUCAGCUACGGGCUGAGGAGUUCAUUCUGGCCAUGCACCUGAUAGACAUGGCUAAGACUGGACAUCCACUGCCUCUCUCGCUGCCUCAGGACCUUAUACCCCCCUCCCUCAGAGGAGGAAUUAAGUCCAGUGAGCUUGUCAAUGGAACAGGGCCCUACAUAAGUCCGGGUUUAAUGGACACAACAGAGAUCGAACCUGCUCAGAAGAACAAGAACAGUGUGUCCUAUGAGGACAAGCUGAAGGAGAACUUUGUGCGCGGCAGUGCUGAGCUGGAGAAAAGGCGGCUGGCUCUGGAGGAGGAACAGAGGAAGGAGAGGGAACGCAGGGAGCGGGAGAAGCGGGAGAAGCGGGAAGCCCGAGAGCGAAGGGAGAGGGAGGCCAGGGAGCUGGAGAACAGGAGGAGGCUGGAGGAGGAGAGGCGGCUGGAGCAGCAUAGAGAGAUAGAGAGAAAAAGAGAGGAGGAGAGGCUGAGGGAGCUGGAGAGGAAGGAGGUGGCGAAGCAGGAGAUGGAGCGCCAGAGGAGGGAGGAAUGGGAGCGAGCAAAGAAAGAGGAGCUGGGAAGGAGAAAAGAGGCGGAGCAAGCGGAAAUUUCUCGACUCAGGGCGAAAAAGAAGAGCCUCGAGUUAGAGCUGGAGGCAGUGGGCAACAAGCACAAGCAGAUCUCAGACCGUCUCCGUGAUGCUCAGAGCAAGAGGCGGAUUCAAAAGGCAGAGGUCGACCUCAUCAAUCAGAAGAGAGACGCUCGCAUUGCUGAGAUCAACACUCUUCAACUUGAGUUUGAGAACUGGCAGAGGAAGCUUUCACAGCUCGUCCCAGAGCAACAGCGACUGUCUGAGAAGCUGCGAAACAUCAGCCUCAAGCAACUGCCCUCGGCCACUUUAACAUCCCUCACCGGGAGCGCAACAGAGUCGAGUGGGAACUGCCGCCGGCUCAAAGAUCAGCUGGACAUCCUAGAAAGGGAAACAACAGAAAAACUGUCCCAGAUGGAGCAGUACAACAAGGAGCUUAAGCUUGGGGAUAUGGAUGACUGCCUCUUGCGAGGCCUUCUCACCCUGCUGGCCUGCCUCAGCCAGCUCUUCCUCCUCAUCAAGGAGCUGCGGGAGAAGCAGACGAAGCAGCAGGCCAUCCUGGAUGACCUGCACAGAGUGAAAGAGGAGAAACUGAGGGAGUUGCAGAAGCGCAGGGAGGAGGAGAAAGAAAGGAGACGGAGAGAGGAAGCAGAAGCAGCAAGACUGGCGAAGCUGGAGGAGGAGAAGAGAGAGCAAGAACGGAGGGAACAAGAGAAGAGGGAGAAGGAGGAAGAGGAGGCACAGCAGAGGAGGCUCCAGGAGGAGCAGAGGGCUAGACAGAGGGAGGAGGAGAGGGAUGCGCAGGCUCGCCUCCGAGCAGCCCAGGAGAAAGCGCAGGAGGAGGAGAAGAGACGGAGGGAGGAGGAGGAAAGGAAGAAGAGGCAGUUGGAAGAGGAGAUGAAACAAAAAGAAAUGGAGGAAAAGAGGAAAAAGGAAGAGCAGGAGAGAGGAGUAGCGCAGCUAACCACGUACAGAGCCCUGUACUCCUUCGUUGCCCGCAACGCCGAUGAGCUGAGUAUAGAUGCAGACUGUCCCAUAGAGGUGGAUGAGCAUACUGUCGGUGAACCUGGUUGGCUGUGUGGGAAUUACAGAGGAAAAAGGGGCUGGUUCCCUCAGAGUUAUGCAGAGAAAUGUCGCAAGCCCUUUGAGAUGGCCCCUGUCUCUUCAGGAAAAACACCUAGUCUUCCACCUUUAAAUGCAAGAAACCCAGUUUUGGAUGCAGCAGAGGACAGCACUGUUUCUCUCUUUUCACAUGCUUCACAGUUCUCAGUUCUUCUCUCUGCUCGCGCCAUCUCUUCAUGGUCGCCCGCUUUAGAAAAUCAUCUCAGACCUUCCUUAGACAUGGGCGGUGCUCUGCUGAGCUUCUCGCAGGGGGAACUCAUCAGUGUGCUGCAGCAGAGGGACGACUGGUGGUUAGGACAGCUCAACGGGACGCGGGGAUGGUUCCCAAAAAGCUACGUCACCCCAGAGCCAGGUGGCAACGCAGAUGUGGAAACAACAGACUCAUGUGAUUCUGUUCAGUUAGAGGAGUAUGUGGCUCUGUACACAUAUGAGAGCCCAGAGACGGGCGACUUGACGUUUGAUGAAGGAGACGUCAUCAUGGUGAUGGAGAGAGAAGGAGAGUGGUGGAGAGGAUGCAUUGGUGACCAGACGGGAUUGUUUCCCUCCAACUACGUACGACCUGUUGAGCCAGAGGCAUUGACACCUGGAGUUUCAAGCAGGAAACCUGAGAUUGUUCAGGCUGUCGCUGCCAUGGAGGCCCCCAUGGCUUAUCAGCUGACUCUGUCUCCAGGACAACUGAUUGUGGUCAGGGCCAAAAACUCCACCGGGUGGUGGUUGGGGGAACUGCAGGCUCGGGGCAAAAAAAGACAAAAAGGCUGGUUUCACUCCUCCUAUGUCAAGCUCCUGGGACCAUCCAGUACCAAGAUCUCCCUCUCCCCUCUGCCAGUGUGCCAAGUUAUUGCAAUGUACGACUACACUGCUGCUAAUCAGGAUGAGCUCAGCUUCUCCAAGGGUCAGCUCAUCAACAUCCUCGACAAGACCAACCCCGACUGGUGGAAAAGCGAAGCCAACGGGGUCACGGGCCUGCUGCCCACCAAUUAUGUCAAGAUGACAACAGAGUCAGACCCCAGCCAGCAAUGUACAUUAAACUCCUCAUCCAUAUCAGAGCCUGGAGAUGCUUAUGGGUGUGCAGACCUGAUCACGCUGGACACAAUGAGUCCUCAAGAAAGGAAGAGACAGGGUUAUAUACAUGAGCUCAUUCACACCGAGGAGACCUACGUGGAGGAUCUGGAGCUGGUCCUAGAGGUAUUCUACAAGCCCAUGUCUGAGUCAGGUCGCUUGACAGAAGCUGAGAUGGGAGCGAUCUUUGUCAACUGGAGGGAGUUGAUUAUGUGCAACACCAGAUUGCUCAAUGCUCUGCGUGAACGCAAACAAACAGGGGGACAGAACAUGCCAGUUCACCUGAUAGGAGACCUACUGGCUUCAGAGCUCGCUCACAUGCAGCCUUAUAUUUGCUUCUGCUCCUGCCAGCUCAAUGCUGCAGCCCUCCUGCAGACCAAAACCCACAACCAGCCUGAAUUUAAAGAUUUUCUCAAGAAAGUUGCCACAAACUACCGAUGCAAAGGAAUGCCACUGUCCAGCUUCCUGCUGAAGCCCAUGCAGAGACUCACUCGCUACCCUCUGCUCAUAAAGAAUAUCCUUGAGCACACUCCAGACGGCCAUGAGGACCGCAAACCCCUGCGAGAGGCCCUGGAGCGAGCCGAGGAGCUGUGCUCUCAGGUCAAUGAGGCAGUCAGAGAAAAAGAGAAUGUAGACCGCCUGGAAUGGAUGCAGAACCACAUUCAGUGUGAGGGGCCUUUAGAGAACCUGUCCUUUAACUCUUUGACUAACUGCCUCGGGCCCCGCAAGUUGCUCCACAGUGGCCGACUGUUUAAGACCAAGAGCAGCAGAGAGCUGUGGGCUUUCCUCUUCAAUGAUUUCCUCCUCCUCACACACAGUGCCAAACCUUUCUCCUCCUCAGGAUCAGAAAAACUGUUCAGCCCCAAGACUAACAUACAGCUAAAGAUCUAUAAGACGCCGCUGUUUCUAAAUGAGGUUUUGGUGAAAAUGCCAGCAGACCCGUCCAGUGAUGAGCCGCUCUUUCAUGUCUCACACAUUGACCGCGUUUACACCCUGAAAACAGAGACUUUAAGCGAGAGGACAGCGUGGGUCCAGAAAAUUAAAGCAGCCUCUGAACAUUUCAUAGAAACAGAGAAGAAAAAGAGAGAGAAGGCAUAUCAAGCACGCUCCUUAAAGACUAGUGGCAUCGGUCGCCUGCUGGUAACAGUCAUAGAAGCUCAGGAGCUGAAGGCCUGCAAGCCCAACGGUAAGAGUAAUCCAUACUGUGAACUGACCAUGGGGGCUCAGUGCUACACGUCACGGCCGGUCAUAGACACUCUGAAGCCGAAGUGGAACUUCAAUUGUCAGUUUUUCGUCAAAGACAUCUACCAGGACGUCCUGAGUAUCACUGUGUUCGAGAAAGACCAGUUCUCACCAGAUGAUUUUCUGGGUCGCGCUGAGGUUCCUGUGGCAACUAUAAAGAAAGACAUGGAGAGUAAAGGAGCAGCAACACGUCACCUGCUCCUGCAUGAAGUCCCCACUGGAGAAGUGUCUGUCAAACUAGACCUCCAGCUUUAUGAGGCAAUCAAAUGAGCCAUGUUGGACAUCUGCCACUUACAUUAUUGAUAGAGAAGAUUUAUAUGCUGAAUGUGCCUGGUCUGUUGUAUAUUAGUCUUGGUUCUGCUGCCCCAUUUUUUUUUUUCAUAGCAAUCCAGACUUUUUAUAACUGAUGCCAGUCUGGAAUGUGAAGCUGCAAAUAUUUUCUUAUUCAUAGCGGAAUCAAAAUCUUAAGAAAUGUUUUAAAUAAAACCUUAUAGUUCUGCUAAAUGGAUCGGUUUGUUCAACUAAUAACCAAUGCAAUAUGAUGCUAUUUUUACAAGCAGCAUUGCAACAUAUAGAUAUACUUUCAAGUCAAGUCAAGUUUAUUUAUAUAGUGCUUUUCAGCAACAAGGCGCUCAAAGGAAGUCUCUUACAUGUCAAUAUGGAGUAGUACACGGCACCUAUUGUUGCACACGACUUCAGCUUGUAAUCCUGAAUACAACAGGAUUUCAUUUAAAAUAUUCCAAUAAAUAAGGAGUUACAAGUAGAAUAAAUUAAAUAUUUGUACAGUU